CAGCAAUAAUGGUCCCAUGGACCUGGAUGUGAGGUCAUCCACAUGACCUCCUUUCACAUACAAGUUUUUCUUGUGACAAACAGCCAUCUCUCGCUUUAAUCCCAUCGCUCUCGAGCCCUUGCAGCGUUUAUCACCGGAACUCCACCUCGUUCAAUCAACAGCCGCAAAGGACUUGGUGCCGUGACAGCCCAACGACAGUCGCUGGCCCGCCGCCCCUUGCCUUGUCCCGCCGCUUGCACCCCACAUCUCCACCAUAUCCACGCCCAAUACCAUACCGCCCGCCCGCCGUGGUUGUGCUGCACCCCUAGGCCAACCACGCACCGUUCCCGCAACUUCUCAAGCCGACCUCCAAGCGACACAUCGUCACUUCCAGACACAACAACCACAACCACCACCUCCCUUGCCAACCAGCAUCGCAUCGCGCACCACCACACACAGCGCAGAGGUGUCAGACCACAGCCCACCAUCAUGAGCGACUCCCUCGCCGGCAUGGGCGGCAUCUCCGACCCAGCCCUUAUCAAGACCGUCAACAAGCUCCAAGAUGUCUUCACGACUGUCGGAGUCAACAACCCCAUCGACCUGCCCCAGAUCGUCGUCGUCGGAAGUCAGUCUAGCGGUAAGAGUUCAGUACUCGAGAAUAUCGUUGGCCGAGACUUCCUUCCUCGUGGUUCUGGCAUCGUAACAAGACGACCCCUCGUGCUCCAGCUCAUCAACCGCCCCGCCGGCCAACAGAAUGGCGUCAACGAGGCCGUCGAGAAGUCGACAGACAAGGCUGCCAACGUCGACGAGUGGGGCGAGUUCCUUCACAUUCCCGGCCAGAAAUUUUACGACUUCAACAAGAUCCGCGAGGAGAUCAGCCGCGAGACAGAGGCCAAGGUUGGCAAGAAUGCAGGCAUCUCCCCGGCCCCGAUCAACCUGCGCGUGUACUCGCCCAACGUCCUCACCCUCACCCUCGUCGAUCUGCCCGGCUUGACGAGGGUCCCGGUUGGUGACCAGCCCCGCGAUAUCGAGCGCCAAAUCCGCGAAAUGGUUCUCAAGUAUAUCCAGAAGUCGAAUGCGAUCGUCCUUGCCGUCACAGCCGCAAACAUCGAUCUUGCCAACUCCGAUGGUCUGCAGCUGGCUCGCGAGGUCGACCCGGAGGGACAGAGGACAAUCGGUGUCUUGACCAAGGUCGAUCUCAUGGACGAGGGCACCGACGUUGUCGACAUUCUUGCCGGCCGCAUCAUUCCUCUGCGCUUGGGCUACGUUCCUGUCGUCAACAGAGGCCAGCGCGACAUCGAUAACAAGAAGCCGAUUGCUGCCUCACUCGAUGCCGAGCGCGCCUUCUUCGAGAACCACAAGUCCUACCGCAACAAGAGCUCGUACUGUGGUACACCAUACCUCGCCAAGAAGCUCAACCUUAUCCUCAUGAUGCACAUCAAGCAGACCCUGCCCGACAUCAAGGCCCGAAUCUCUAGCUCGCUGCAGAAGUACGCUGCUGAGCUCGAGAGUCUCGGCCCUUCCAUGCUGGGCAACAGCGGCAACAUCGUACUCAACAUCAUCACCGAGUUCACAAACGAGUGGAGGACGGUUUUGGACGGCAACAACACAGAGCUUUCGAGUACCGAGCUGUCCGGCGGUGCGCGUAUCAGUUUUGUGUUCCAUGAGCUCUACUCAAACGGUGUCAAGGCCGUCGAUCCGUUUGACAUGGUCAAGGACGUCGACAUUCGCACAAUUCUGUACAACUCUUCUGGUUCCUCACCAGCGCUGUUUGUCGGCACCACUGCAUUCGAGUUGAUCGUCAAGCAGCAGAUCAAGCGCCUCGAGGAUCCUAGUCUCAAGUGUGUCUCGCUCGUCUAUGAUGAGCUUGUCCGUAUUCUGACCCAGCUGCUGUCCAAGCAGCUGUACCGGAGGUACCCCUCGCUCAAGGAGAAGGUCCACGCAGUCGUCAUUGGCUUCUUCAAGAAGGCCAUGGAGCCCACCAAUAAGCUCGUCAAGGAUCUCGUCUCCAUGGAGGCCUGCUAUAUCAACACUGGCCACCCCGACUUCCUCAACGGUCACCGUGCCAUGGCUAUGGUUAACGAGCGGCACAACGGCGCGAAGCCGGUGCAGGUUGAUCCGAAGACCGGCAAGCCCUUGCCGGCCUCUGCUACACCCGCUCGUGCAGUCAGCCCGACGCUGGAUGGCGACAGCAAUUCUGGCUUCUUUGGCAGCUUCUUUGCUGCCAAGAACAAGAAGAAGGCCGCCGCCAUGGAGGGUCCUCCACCUACACUUAAGGCCUCUGGCACGCUUUCGGAACGGGAGAACAUCGAGGUCGAGGUUAUUAAGUUGCUGAUCCAAUCUUACUUCAACAUUGUUCGGCGGACUAUGAUCGACAUGGUCCCCAAGGCCAUCAUGCUGAACCUGGUUCAAUUCACCAAGGAUGAGAUGCAGCGUGAGCUGCUCGAGAACAUGUAUCGGUCUGACACGCUCGACGAUCUGCUCAAGGAGAGCGACUACACCAUCCGGCGGCGGAAGGAGUGUCAGCAGAUGGUUGAGUCGCUCGGCAGGGCUAGCGAGAUUGUUGCGCAGGUUCAGUAGAUACGCCAAGCAAGCGACUCGGCAGCUUAGUUCACAAGUGUUUGACCAGCCACGAUCUCGUCACGAUAGCACGGCGCGUUGCUUGGCUCUUCGGAUUUCUAGAGUGGCAGGGCCACAUUUAUUCUAGCACGAUACCCACGACAGUAUUGUCGACUUGAUAGAUUGGCCAGCUAGCAGCCACUAGGACUGUUGGAAACGGUCAGAUCACGGAUGGUGUAGUUGACCUGCUCCAGUGAAACGUUCAGAAGAGCCCGCGGUAAGCGCAGUCUACACGCGUGGUGGAAGAGGCCUUUUCAGGGAAGCAUCGCAAGACCUCUGAUCAUGGGUUGGGAGCGCUAGACAUUAUCGGCCGGAGUAGUAAGCUCGGGUUGUGGACCCCUAGUUGUCUUAUUUUUCACAAAUACAUAAUGAUUAGAAUAUGAC